CCGCUUCAUGGAUGGGAAGCUGAUCCUGGAGAUGCCGGCGGAGGUGUAGCCGUUCCACACGGUGCUGGAAGACCCCAGCUUCUCCUUUCUGGGGGUGCUUUGGAGGAAGGUGGCUUCGCUUCUCCAUUUGCCUCUCCACUCCCUUGUGCUGAUCUACCACGCCACCAGGAACGAACCUGUCACCCUCCAUCUCUACUUGAUCCCCGAUGACCGCUCCAUAAAGCAGGCAAUCGAAGAGAGGGAGAAGUCAUCCAUGUCCUACCGGGUGGAUAAACCGCCGUUGACCAAGCUCUCAACUGCGGGAGGUCCUACGUUGUUUCUGGCUCCGCACCCGCAGCCGUACACCCCAAGAUCCUGGACUUCCAUCUCAGAGGGGCAGAAAAGCAGCAGAUCUUCAGUGAAAUCUACCUUAGUGUCAUGGUAGAGGAAGUCAAACUCAGCUUGAAAGACAAAAGGAAGGACAAGUGCGUGUGGCACGCGGUGCUGCGAAGAGGAGACAUCGCACCCAGCGGGGCGGGCGCAGAUGCACCGCGCGCCAGUUGCCGGCCCCCCAGAUCGCGGCGCAGCCGGCCAGGCUGGGCAGACAGAGGACAAAUCCCAGGAGCCUCCGCGACGACGACAGAGAAGCACUUCCUGGAUCUGCACCGAGUGGAGCUGAUCAACCGCGUCGUCGAAGUGAAGGGCGUCCUGGACCUCCUGCUUGGGGAUGUUCUGGACUUCGAGCAAUACCAAAGGAUCCUGGUGGAGAAAACGUCCCACAGCAGGAUGCGCGAGCUGUUCAAGCUGAUGCCGAGCUGGACUCCCUGGUGCAAGGACCGCAUCUACGAGGCCCUGAAGGAGAAGCACCCACACCUCGUCGAAGAUCUUGAGAAGUAACCAAUGCUGCUCCUCAAUACGGUCUUCCGUGGAGGAGCAAAGUCCCUCAGGCAGCUCACAAGUGACCUCACCAAUGGCAGCAUCACCGCAGGAUCAACGGCUUGCUGAGGUCGGAAAGCACCUCUGGAGAUCACCUACCCCCACCGCCUUUUUUAUAGCAAGGUCACCUAGAACAGGUUGCCCAGGACCAUGUGUGGUCGCAUUUGGAAUAUCUCCAAGAAUGGAGACUCCACAACCCCCCUGGGCAACUUGGUCCAGUGUUUCCAUCACCCUCACAGUAAAAAAUCUUAUGUUUAA